AUGAAUUGCACUUUCAUUGGCGCAAAGGAUGGGAAUGAUAAGGUAAAUAACAAUGCCGAAGCUGUUGCAGUUGGUGGUAAUAAUAAGGAGCGUGCUAAUGAUGGUGGCAAGGAUGUUGAUGUUGAAGAUGGUGCAUUGGUUGCUGUUUCCAAGGCUAGUACUAAGAGGUUCCCAACAAGUCUGAAGGAGCUUCUAUCCACGGGGAUUCUUGAGGGUUUGGCUGUGAAUUAUGCUCAGAGUGUAAAGGCUGGAGAAGCAGAGCUUUGCGGAGUGAUUAAUGGCGAUGGGAUUGUGUGCCAUUGUGAAAUUUGCCAUGGUGUUGAGGUAAGUAAAAUGAAGAUGCAUUUAGACGAGUUAAUUCCCACUUAAA